UCUAGUCACCAUGUAGCUCCCCCCGACCCUUGGCCAUCCCAGGCCCAAUUUCCUAGCACUUUGGACAUUGUUACCGAGAUUUCCUGACUCUUCUUGUCUCCAACAACUUGGAGAAGGCGCCGAGGUGCCUGGCCCGGGGCUUGCGCACCGCACCCCUCCCGUUUCCCGGUGUGUGCUAACUGGGGGGCGGGCCCAGCUCUGGGCCUCCCUGAGGUCACCAUACGAUAGCCAAUCCCGGGUGUCUAAGUGGGCGGGGGACUCUGUGUGAUCCCGGGAACCGAACCCAGAGGAAAAGAUGGGGACCCAGAACUUAGGGGGGAGGGGAAAAGUCACGGGCACCCCCAAAACCUCUUUUUAGGGUGUUAGAUCUCACCCAGAAGAGGCUUAAAGAUACAUUUUCUCUGGGAUCUAAAGUGUGAGGAUGGCUUGCUGUGGGUUGCGGGGAUUCAUCUGCCUCAAUUCUGGAGACUUUGAAAGGUGUUGGCAUAGAGAGCGUAGACGGCGUGCAGGUCUAUGACCCAGGCCCUGUGGCCGAAUAUCGGCCACAAUGACCUCUUUACCCUGUUUCCUUCCUGGCCGCGAUGCCUCCAACGUAGUCUUCCCGGACCUCGCCCCCGCCCCGUCGGCAGUGGCUGCCUACCCGUUUGGCCUGUCCCCAGAAACCGCAGCUUCCCCCGAUUUGUCCUACUCCCAGCCUUAUGGUCACCUCCUGCCCUAUUCCUACCCUGAGCCAGCAACCCCAGGAGACGCCUACCUGCCCAGCCAGCAACUCUCGGCGGCGUGGUCUCAGCCCUUCCAUCCGCCAGUUGAGCACCCUCGGGAACUUGAAACAGAAUCAGAGAAACCAUUGCUGUCCCUGAGCCCUCCCAGUAGCCCUGACCAGGAAGCUGCACAACCUAGAAACACCUAUUCCAGCCUGCAGCUGCAUGGACACCUGAGCCAGCAUUUCCAGCACACACAGUACUGGCCCUGUCUGAAAGCCUCAGCGCAGCUUGAACUCACCCAAACCCAAGUAGGGCCAGACCCAUCCCCAAGUAAAGAUUGGUUUCAGAACAAAGGCUCCAAGAAGAAACUCCUGCAACAGAACUCUGGGGAGCAGGAAGAAGACUUCUCUGGGACUCCCUCCCUAUCUCCCUUCUCCCCAAAUCUUCCAUCCCUCUGGGGUCUACCCAACGCAGGUGCCCUGCCUACCAGUGGCCAUGACAAUGGCUUCCAAGCCUGGUAUCACUCCCCAGAUGUGCGGCUUCUGCCUCAGAUGCUAUGAGUCUAGAGAAGGGGCUGGUUAGGCUCCAACCCUCCUGUCAAGCCCAGGGCCAUCGCACCUGCUCUCCUUCUGGGGGGAGAGGAAACCAGCUCCAGAUGGAUUUUCUCAAGACAAGAAGCAAAAAGAGAAGA